AUGAACUGCUCCGCCGGCGGGUUCCCGGAACUGGAGUCCCUCGAACUCGAUUCACUGUUCGCGUUAGAAGAGUGGGUAAUUGAGGCCGGGGCCAUGCCCCGCCUGUGGAGCUUGAAGAUCAACAACUGCAAGGAGUUGAGGAUGCUUCCGGAAGGGUUGAAACACAUGGCUGCUCUGAAGGACCUUGUUUUGUGCUAUCUGUCCCCUGAAAUCCUUUCAAGAGCUGAAAAGGAGGGAGAGGACUGGCCCGAAAUCCAACACAUACCUUCAAUCACCAUUGAAUGA